AUGAUCGGAAUCCAAUUGCGAAAAAUUGUUCUACUCAGCUUGAUCUUAAGCAUUUCAAUUAUACCAAUUAUUUGUACAAUUAUGGAGGAUGGAGAAGAUAUUGGGGGCUUCACAAGGUUUAGUAGAUCACGUACUUUGCUUGAAGGUGAUGAGGACGGCGGGCGUGGUGCCAGUGAGGAUGGAGCCAAGUGUAAACAACGCACCUGUACUUUGCAUGCUACAUGUAGAGCCCUCGGACUCGGACUCGGGUGUGGUAGUUGUGGUCCAAAUGAUUACUGUAUUGAGGAACCCGAAGGGAUAUAUUAG